GCCCCGGACUGCACUGCCCGCCCUAUGACCCAAAACUCAAAACGAGCCUUGCGACGAGACGCGGACACCAACUCAAGUUGUAUGGAAGGUGGACGGUCGAAUUACCCAACUGAAAUGAAGAAAGCAGUAGUUAGUGGGGGAAUACAGUUCACUUUUAAGAAAUGCGAAACAAAAGAAGGCGGUGAGGAUUAUCAGAGGUACUUUGUUUUUAGAGAAAGCAAUGCUCUCCAGGAAUCAUUGCUGAUCGCGGGUUGCUUUUUAGCUAUUGCGAUUCUCUUGCUGCAGAAGGUCCAGAAUGGUGCCGAAAUUUUACGAGGGUCCGGAGGUAACAAUAGUGAUUCGGCAGAUCAAAGGUCCCUGCAAUUUUCAAUUCUAUACCAAAGAAUAAUGAAAGAUCAGAUAAAGACCAAAAUCGACAUGUUGCGCAUCAGAAACCAGAUUCCGUGGUUUGUCGUCGAGGCUGUAUUUACAAAUUCAAGCUUAAGCGAGCUGUUUGGCACCCGCAUCGACAGACUAGCAAUGUCGUGUUUUGAUGAUCUCUACCCUAGAGUGAACAAAUCCAAGGUUAAGGGCGGCAACCUCCCAUCCGGCGGCUUCAAACAUCUACUGCACAUCUUCCAUUGGACCCGGACACCCGAAGAAGGCAAGUGGCUGGUGCAUACAAAAUCCGACCAAGAGCAGCCUGCAAAACGGUUUGCCGAGUUUUACAUUCCUAAUGCAACAAACUUGCUUGAAUCCGCAACUAGUUUUAAACGGCUCGACAGUAGCUCGAUCGAUGUGGCAUACUCUAACAAGAGAAUAUCAGCACUGAUGCAAGUAACACCCCUGCACUUGUUCCCAUACAGCUACGAAAUUUUCUACCAGCUUCUGAACUUUGAACAGAGGUAUCCGGCGUACGGGCUUCCCGUGACAGCCCAUUUCGCAUGUAAGAAAAGCCUAUUACAGACCAAAGCAGAUGUUAAACUACUGCAGAAGAAGGGCAUCGUGCAGAACACGAUGAAUAAGGGGGAAGAGGAUGUUCUGAGCUUUCUACACGAGCCUAGCGGAAAAGGUGAUCGAGCAUCAUGAAAGAGAUGUCAGUGUAGCGUACUCGGAGUUCAAGAGCCAGUUCUGCCCCAACCGAUGGGUGAUCAUAUCGGUCCUCGCCGCCAUCACUUUGUUCGUGCUGACAUUUAUUCAGACUGUAUACAGUGCACUUGCCUAUUACAAAGGUUCUUGAUCGUGCUGCUAGACACGACCGCGACUGGCCUCGACUCUUCGGUUGAUUCCAGCAGCACAGCUUGCCUUUUCGGUUACUUUUUAUAUAUUGUUCAUCAUGAAUUGUUUGUGUGGGAUUUUUCUUUAAUCUGAAUUGUCAUCCUGGUUCGGUUGUAAGCAUUCGGAACUCUGAUGGCUGAGACCGGAUUUAUUUCCUUAAUCUAAAAAAAGAAUUGUCAUCC